AUGAGGUUCAACAUAGAAUACACCACUGACUCUGCCGACAGCGACCUGCCCGUGCUUUUCCCAUAUCCGAAAAUCUAUCCAGAGCAAUAUGCCUACAUGUGCGACCUCAAACGGACCCUCGAUGCGGGUGGCCACUGUGUGUUGGAGAUGCCCUCGGGUACUGGGAAGACCAUCUCGCUGCUGUCGUUGAUCGUCGCUUACCAGCAGUACUACCCGGAGAAGCGGAAACUUGUCUACUGCUCCCGUACCAUGUCCGAGAUCGAGAAGGCCUUGGCCGAGCUGAAGGCCCUCAUGAAAUACCGCACCGACCAGCUCGGCUACGAGGAGGAGUUCAGGGGCCUGGGCUUGACCAGCCGAAAGAACCUCUGUCUCCACCCCUCCGUCAAGCGGGAGAAGAGCGGAAACGUUGUCGACGCCCGUUGCCGGAGCCUGACGGCUGGUUUUGUGAAGGAGAAGAAGGAGCGUGGCGAGGAUGUCGAACUCUGCGUCUACCAUGACAAUCUUGACCUUCUCGAGGCUCACAACCUCAUACCAAACGGCGUCUGGACCUUUGAUGGUCUCUUGCGCUAUGGCGAGCAGCACCAACAAUGUCCUUACUUCACAGCGCGUCGCAUGAUGCAAUUCUGCAACGUGAUCAUCUACUCAUAUCACUAUCUGCUCGACCCCAAAAUCGCGGAGCGCGUCUCCAAGGACUUGUCCAAAGACUGCAUUGUCGUCUUUGACGAGGCUCAUAACAUCGACAACGUCUGCAUCGAGUCGCUAAGCACUGACAUCACUGAGGAUUCGCUAAGGAAGGCUACGCGUGGCGCUCAAAAUCUCGAGACAAAGAUCAACCACAUGAGAGAGACUGAUCAGCGGGCGCUUGAGAACGAGUACCAGAAGCUGGUGGACGGUCUCAGAGAGGCAGAUGAGGCUCGCCAAGAGGAUGCUCUCAUGGCAAACCCUGUAUUGCCUGAGGACUUGUUGAAGGAGGCAGUACCCGGCAACAUACGUAGGGCGGAGCAUUUCGUGGCCUUUUUAAAGAGGUUCAUUGAGUAUCUAAAGACGCGUAUGAAGGUCCGACAGGUCAUCUCCGAGACGCCGCCCUCGUUCCUCGCCCACCUGAAGGAGUUUACCUUCAUCGAAAAGAAACCGCUCAGAUUCUGUGCCGAACGCCUCACGUCCCUCGUCAGAACACUCGAGCUCACCAACAUCGAGGACUAUCAGCCCUUACAGGAGGUAGCUACCUUUGCUACACUUGUUGCCACCUACGAGAAGGGGUUUCUUCUUAUUUUGGAGCCGUAUGAGUCCGACACGGCCGAGGUACCUAACCCUGUCCUCCACUUCACCUGCCUAGACGCAGCCAUUGCCAUCAAACCCGUAUUUGAUCGAUUCAGCUCUGUUAUCAUCACCUCCGGUACCAUAUCGCCCCUCGAGAUGUACCCAAAGAUGCUGGGCUUCACCACGGUGGUCCAAGAGUCAUACAGCAUGACGCUGGCUCGGCGGUCUUUUUUGCCAAUGAUAGUGACAAGGGGCAGCGACCAGGCUGCCAUUUCUACCAGCUUCCAGGUGCGCAACGAGCCGAGUGUGGUGCGCAACUAUGGCAAUCUCUUAACGGAGUUUGCCAAGACCACACCGGAUGGCCUCGUUGUCUUCUUCCCGUCCUACCUGUACAUGGAAUCCAUUAUCAGUAUGUGGCAGGGUAUGGGCAUCUUGAACGAGGUCUGGAAGUACAAACUCAUACUCGUCGAGACUCCGGACGCCCAGGAGACCUCACUCGCACUAGAAACAUACCGCACUGCAUGCUGCAACGGUCGCGGUGCCGUCUUGUUGUGUGUCGCUCGAGGGAAGGUAUCAGAGGGCAUCGACUUCGAUCACCAGUACGGCCGAACAGUGCUGUGCAUGGGCGUCCCCUUCCAGUACACGGAAUCCCGUAUUCUCAAGGCUCGCCUGGAAUUCCUGAGGGAGACCUACCGCAUCCGAGAGAACGACUUCCUGUCCUUCGACGCCAUGCGUCACGCGGCGCAGUGUCUCGGACGAGUGUUGAGGGGCAAAGACGAUUACGGCAUCAUGGUGCUGGCAGACAGGCGAUUCCAGAAGAAGCGAGGGCAGCUCCCAAAAUGGAUCAACCAGGCUCUGUUGGACUCUGACAGCAACCUCAGCACAGAUAUGGCAGUCAGCAGUGCCAGGCGUUUUUUAAGAAGCAUGGCACAGCCUUUCAGGGCCAAGGACCAGGAGGGAAUAAGUACCUGGAGCGAAUCUGACCUCAAGAAGCACCAGGAGCAGCUCGACGAGCAGCAGAUACAAGAACUAAGGGAUGCACAAGUCAACGGAGCUGGUACCUUCAACCAGCAGGCAGCAGGAGAGGGGUUUGAUUACUUCGGGGAUGAUGAUCUGGAUGACGGUUUGAUGGAGAUUGAUGGCUUGUAAAUUAGGUCUCAUGUGGUGAUUGACGCUGGUACUGCUACCGAUCACCCUUUUGGCUCGUUAUGCUCAAGGAUCUAGAAUCCUUGCCUUCUCGGCCAACUCCUCUGCUAGUCUGAGCAAGUAGAAUUGCUUGCAAGAAUCAGGAACUUUGCCAAAGGCAUUCACUAUCCG